AUGCGCGUCGUCGGUCUCACAGGCUCAAUUGCGACCGGCAAGUCGACCUGUUCAGCAACGCUUUCGUCUCCGCCCUAUUCACUGCCCUUGAUUGAUGCGGACCUUCUGGCGCGAAAGGCAGUUGAGCCCGGAACCUGGGGAUACCGUCGCAUAGUGGCGACGUUCGGCCCUACCACCCCAGACCUCCUCCUUCCUGCGUCGGAUGCCCAAAGCGGCGGCAACGAGAAUGGCCCAGAUGGGAAGGGCAGGCCGUUGAAUCGACCGGCAUUGGGCAGAAGGGUCUUCGGCAACAGUGAAGAGAGGGUUCGGGACAGGAAGAAACUGAACGCGAUUGUCCAUCCUGCGGUGCGGUUCUACAUGGCUCGAGCAAUGCUGUAUUACUACCUCCUCGGGCAUUGGGCCGUGGUGGUAGACGUGCCUCUGCUCUUCGAAUCCGGGCUCGACAUCUUCUGCACCACAGUCAUCGUGGUCGCGGUUUCAGACCCCAAGAUCCAGAUGCAGCGGCUGCGUGACCGCGAUCCACAUCUGUCGGCCGAAGAUGCAGAGAACCGGGUCAAGAGCCAGGUCGAUGUGCGCGAGAAAGCCACAAGAUGCGAGGACAGAAACAAUGGCAAAAAGAAUGCCGGAAAGGGCUAUGUGCUCUACAACGACGGCAGUAAGGAAGAUUUGAAACUCCAGAUCGCAGAAGUCGUCCAGGAUAUCAAGUCGAAGAGUCCGCGGUGGUGGACUUGGGUGCUCUUAUUGUGUCCGCCGCUCACGGCUGCCGUGGCCUCGUGGGAAGUGCUACGCAACUGGUAUCUGAGGAGGAAGACGAUCAAGGAGAGAGGAGAGGAACUGGCAAAGACCAGACUAUGA